AUGGCUGGCACUCCGCGCGGCCUGCUUCUGGCCAUUGUCCUCCUCGUCGCCGUCGCCGUCGUGCCGGCGUCCGCAAAGGACUACACGGUCGGCGACUCGUCCGGGUGGAAGUCCGGAGUGGACUACACUGCCUGGGCUAAGGGCAAGCCGUUCGGCAUCGGCGACACGCUCUCGUUCCAGUACAGCUCAUCGCACUCGGUGCUGGAGGUGAGCGAGGCGGACCACAGCGCGUGCUCGGCGAGCAACCCGCUGCGGUCGCACCGGGACCAGAGCACCACCGUCCCGCUCACCAAGGCCGGCACCCGCUACUUCAUCUGCGGCGCCCCCGGCCACUGCGCCUCGGGGAUGAAGCUCGCCAUCACCGUCUCCGGCGGCAGCGACAGCGGCAGCAGCAGCGCCGGCCCCGCCAUGCGGGCGACGAACACGACGCCGGCGGCUGGUGGCGCGACGACGACGGCCGACGCGGGCGAGUCGGACUCAAGCGUGGCUGGUACCGGGGCCCGCCUCGCGACGGGCCUGCUGUUCGCGGCCGUGGGCCUCGCGGCCCUGAUGAUGGGCUGA